GAAUGAUAUCAACAAACCAUCGAGACGAAUUACUACCGACACACGUGGAUACGACUACGAGUGUGUUUGGAAUUGGAAACAGAAUUAACUUAUGACAUAAAGAAAUGGUUACUGGUGCUUGAUAACUUUGCUACAUUGGUGUGAUUGUGACAACCGAGCUGCAAAGAUGGCCAGGUUACGGUCCAAGAUCGAGAAGACGUUCACCUUGAUCCUCAGUAUACUUGAAAACGCCUUCAACUCCGGCAUCUUCUACGGAUGGCCGUCUCUCGUAUUCAUCCUCAAACAGCAACAGUUCUUCCGAGAAGGGUGCGAUGAUGUCCUUUCCCCGGACGUCGUUUUCUCCAACGAUUCCUUCGGAUAUGGGACAUCGUCCCCUGAAGUGACCGAUUCUCAAUACAUUCUCUCCGGCAACGAUUCUGGACACGAGAAUGGAUUAGAUGAUCCCAUGCUCCCGUGUGCCUAUCAGGAUAGCAAGUUCCAGCUGGUGUUUACGGUAGCAGCAUUCUGCAUGCAGGGCUCGGUGUUUCCAAGUGGUCUCCUCUUUGACAAAAUCGGCACUAGAUUUGUACGGAUCUUGUUCAGUUUCUUCAUUCUAGCAGGUUUUCUGUUUCUUGGGUUCAGUACACCAGAGAAGGCUAACUUUCUGUUUCCAGCAGGCAUCUUGAUCGGUAUCGGAGGCAUCCUGAUGAUGGUCUGCAGUAUGCAGGUUUCCAAUCUGUUUGGUCCUAACAAGGCUACUGUGAUGACUCUGAUGAGUGGCUGCUUUGAUUCCUCGGCUGUCGUUAUGCUUAUUGUAAAGUUGAGUUACGAGGCCGGUCUGCCGAUGUCGACGGCCUUCUUCAUCCUCGCCGGGGCGACCAUCUUCUUCAACAUCAACACGUUCAUCCUGUUGCCAGCGAAACGCAUCCCCUGGCCCCUCCCGUCCGGCUACGUUCAGGUCAAGAGAGGCUGCGGAGAGGUCAAGGAAAAAGAGGAUGAAAUGACCCAAGAAGAACUUGACAUGAAAGUUACUAAUGGGAACGGCACCGCCUCUGAGAAGGGGAAGCUCAAUGGAGAGGGGGCUGCUGUGAACAGAUCUGAUAGAAGAAAGUCAUCUGGAGUUAAAGCCAAUGGAUCAACAAGAAGGAAGUCUCGAGUGAUUCAGGCGGAGGCCGAGGCGUGUAAAAAGCAGUACUUUCCAACGAUACGCUCCUGCAUCCUCUCGCCUCUCUUCUGGCUCCUGGUGGCGUGGAUCUCCAUCCUCCAGCUCCGUCUGAUCUUCAUGAUCGGAACCCUCAACCCCUGGCUCAACAGACUGAGUAACAACGAUGAACAAGUUGUGAGCAAGUACACCAACGUCUUCUCCCUGAUCCAGUUCUGUGGGUUUGUUGUGGCUCCUCUUGGAGGACUUCUCCUUGAUCGUAAUAAGAUGACCACAGGAUGGUUCGCCAACAAGCAUCUCGACAAGAGAAGUCCCUAUUCUGACCUGAAGGACACCUGCUUCCCGUUAGCCCUGACGACCAUCCUCUUCACCAUCUUCUCCGUCUGUAUCGUCAUCCCAAAGCUGGAGCUGCAGUACCUGACCUUCAUCAUCCAAGUGGUCAUCAGGUCGUUCCUCUACGGUCUCUCUGUGGCUGUGAUUCCAAUCAUGUUUCCACAGGAGUAUUUUGGUACUCUCUUUGGUGUGAUGGGGUCCUUCGCUGGUAUUUUUGGUCUUCUUCAGUAUCCAAUCUUCAGCAUCCUUCAAAACGUGCUCAAUAGUGACCCUUUCAUUCUCAAUAUCUGCUUCAUUGUAUUCAACCUGCUGACAGCAAGCCUUCCCAUCUACAUCUGGAUGUUUGUAAGGAGGAAAGAAAAACAGUUGAAGCUAGAGAGAGAAGAAGAAUUAAUAGAAGAGAAGUACACGAUCCUACCUCCCACUUCACCUACACAUGUCUGAGGAACAGUUUGUUUUUUUGAGCGAAAGUCUGUGUGUCGGCCAUGUUUAAACCUUGACUCGGUGCGUCCAGUUUGGUCCAUCGAUAUAUCAGGUGCCAGGGGUGAAACUAUUCAUUCUGUUCAAAUUGCUGUGAUCAAGUAUUGAUUUUAAAGUAUGAUUAGAGUGCCCAUGUCUGCGUAUAGGUACUCAUUCCUGCAUGAUUCUGAUAAAACAAAACAUGCAACCGACACAGAAUAUCCGUUUCUAUCACAGUGAUACACUUUCAUUUAAAAAACAAGUAAAAAUAGAUAAGAAAUUUGUAAUA